AUGGCUUUCAAGGAAGGACUCAGGGCCAGGACGAAAACCUUCUGGCGGCUGAUCCUACUUGCACUUGGCCUCUUGGGCUUGCUCCUGUAUGGGCUCCCAGUCGUCAGGCACCUGGAAGUCCUCAUCCCCAUGGGUGUCUGCCCUUCAGCCACAAUGUCCCGGCUGGGAGACAACUUCACAGGUGUCUUACAUCCCUGGGCCCGGCCUGAAGUCCUGACCUGCACCUCCUGGGGGGCUCCCAUUAUUUGGGACGGCACCUUUGACCCAGAUGUGGCCCAGCAAGUGGCAGGAGAGCGGAACCUCACCAUUGGGCUGACUGUCUUUGCUGUGGGCAGGUACCUGGAGAAGUACCUGGCGCGCUUCCUGGAGACGGCAGAGCAGCACUUCAUGGUGGGCCAGCAUGUGCUGUACUACGUGUUCACCGAGCGCCCGGCCGCCGUGCCGCGCCUGGCCCUGGGACCCGGACGCCGGCUGCACGUACAGCGCGUGGCGCGCGAGCAGCGCUGGCAGGACGUGUCCAUGGCGCGCAUGUCCACGCUGCGCGCGGCGCUGGCCGGGCGGCUAGGCCGCGAGGCGCACUUCGUGCUGUGCAUGGACGUGGACCAGCACUUCAGCGGCGCCUUCGGGCCCGAGGCGCUGGCCGAGUCGGUGGCGCAGCUGCACGCCUGGCACUACCACUGGCCGCGGCGCCUGCUGCCCUUCGAGCGCGACGCGCGCUCGGCCGCCGCGCUGGCUCCGGGCGAGGGCGACUUCUACUACCACGCGGCCGUGUUCGGGGGCAGCGUGGCGGCGCUGCGCCGGCUGACGGCGCACUGUGCGCGGGGCCUGCGGCAGGACCGCGCGCGCGGCCUCGAGGCGCGCUGGCACGACGAGAGCCACCUCAACAAGUUCUUCUGGCUGCACAAGCCCGCCAAGGUGCUGUCGCCCGAGUUCUGCUGGAGCCCGGACCUUGGCCCGCGGGCCGAGAUCCGCCGCCCGCGCCUGCUCUGGGCGCGCAAGGAGUACGCGCUGCUGCGCACCUAG